AUGACCAGCGACGAGGAGGAUAUUGAAGAGGAAAGCACUUCGCGGAAAGCAUCCUCCGCCUUCGGAGCGGACACUAACUCGAUCGCUCAGUCCACGAAAUCUGCAACUAUCCCCGCAGUGAGCGCGCAAAAUGGCAGCAAACCCGUUUCAGCGAAACCGAUUGUCCGCCGAACAAGACUUCGCGCUCCGACGGUAUCGAUGCAGAAUAUCAGCAUCAUGUCCCUCAUCAGAAACAACGCCGGAAAGGAUUUGUCCACCGUCGCCAUGCCGAUCGCAUUGAAUGAACCGAUCAACCUUCUGCAAAAGCUCUGCGAAGAGCUUGAGUAUUCUGAGCUCCUGGAACAAGCCGCCGCAACUUUAGAUCCUGUGAUUAGGCUGUCCAUCAUGGCUGCCUUUGCUGUCUCAGCAUAUGCAUCGACUGUCCAUCGCGCGGGCAGAAAACCGUUCAACCCCUUACUCGGAGAAACGUAUGAAUGUCUCAGAGAUGACAGAGGUUUCAAGUUUGUCUCCGAAAAAGUCAGUCACCACCCGCCAAUAAUGGCAUGUCACGCGGAGUCGCCAAAUUACCAGUUCUUCCAAGAUAGUCAGGUGAAGAGCAAGUUCUGGGGUAAGUCAAUGGAACUGAUACCUCUCGGCACAGUGCAUGUCGCCUUCCCUGCUCUGAACGAGCACUAUACGUGGAACAAGGUGACAACGUGCAUGCGGAACAUAUUCUCGGCGAAUCGAUACUUGGAACAUUACGGAACAUUGAAAAUCACCUCCCAGUCUACCGGGCACUAUUGUGAGCUGACUUUCAAGGAGUCGGGAUACUUCUCAUCAACCAAGAAUGAAAUCACUGGAGGCAUCUUCUCAUCGAAUGGACAGAAAGCCAUGUCACUGAGCGGAAAUUGGGAUAAAUCGCUCCAGCGAUUCCAGGACUCUUCGCCGAACGCUUUGGAAGUGAUAUGGCGGGCGAAGCCGAAUCCUCCACACCACGCAGAAAUCUAUGGAUUCACCCAGUUUGCCGUCGAGCUGAAUGAAUUGACACCUGAUCUCGAUGGAUGUUUGCCGAACACGGACACCAGAUUUCGCCCGGAUCAGAGGAUGUACGAGGAGGGUCGGGCGGAUGAAGCUGAAGCCGAAAAGCAGCGGCUCGAGCAGAAGCAGCGCGAUUACCGCAAAACACUGGAGACCCGGGGCGAAAGCUGGAGUCCCCGGUGGUUCCGUCCCGAUACGACCGCUGGCCCAGACGCAUGGGCUUACAAAGGCGGUUACUGGGAGCAACGAGGAAACUUUGAAAAUACUAUUGAUCUCUUUUCCUAA